GGACAGAAGCUGCCGUGGGGCAGUGUCCCGGGGGGCACUGUGUAGGACCGCGGGGUGGGUGGAGAAUCGCGGAGAGAUUUGGGGCAGAUACUGCCGGUGCCCGCGGUGCCCCACCCGGUGCCCCCCGGUGCUGGUGCCCCCCCCGCCACCCGGCGCUGCGGCGGGCACUACCGGCGGGCGCUCCCGGGCUGCGCUGGUGAGCGGCGGCGGCGGCAGCUCGUCCCCGGGCAGCAGGGAGAGAACCAGAACCUGUCCCACAGCGGCGCUCAUCCCCCCGGGGGUGCAGCCGGCGCAAUCCCAGCGGCAUGGGGAAGCAGAACAGCAAACUGCGGCCGGAGAUGCUCCAGGACCUGCGGGAAAACACCGAAUUCUCCGACCUGGAGCUGCAGGGUUGGUACAAGGGCUUCCUGAAGGACUGCCCCUCCGGCAUCCUCAACGUGGAGGAGUUCAAGAAGAUCUACGCCAACUUCUUCCCCUACGGGGACGCCUCCAAGUUCGCCGAGCACGUCUUCCGCACCUUCGACACCAACGGCGACGGCACCAUCGACUUCAGGGAGUUCAUCAUCGCCCUCAGCGUCACCUCCCGCGGCAAGCUGGAGCAGAAGCUGAUGUGGGCGUUCAGCAUGUACGACCUGGACGGCAACGGCUACAUCAGCCGGGAGGAGAUGCUGGAGAUCGUGCAGGCCAUCUACAAAAUGGUCUCCUCUGUGAUGAACAUGCCUGAGGAUGAAUCCACCCCGGAGAAAAGGACGGAGAAAAUCUUCCGACAGAUGGAUACCAAUAACGAUGGGAAGCUCUCGCUGGAGGAGUUCAUCAUAGGUGCCAAGAGCGACCCUUCCAUCGUGCGCCUGCUGCAGUGCGACCCCAGCGGUGCUGCACAGCUCUGAGCCCUGCUGACCCCCACAGCUCCCCUGCUGCAGCCCCCCCAUGGUCCUGUGCCACCCCCUGACCACUGCCACUGUCCCUUGCCCAGCCCCUGUGGUCCCCACCACCGUGCCCCCAUGGCCCCUCUGGGGAGAGAGCCGGAGCUUGGCUGAGGCUGGGGGGGAAAGGGAAGGUCCCCAUCCCUGGGGGUCUCCUGCGCUAGUUUGGAUGGGGGAAGGACGGAGGCAGGGUCUGCCCCAAGCAAGGACAGUCCCUGGUGGGACUGGGAGCGAGGGGACAACCCAGCUCAGUGGGAAAGGCUGGUGGUGAAACCACUGCUGCACCUCCCAUGGGCGCAGGGACACGGCCCAGGAGACAAAGCCCCAGCGGCUCUGGGGCCUCCCAGCACCCUCCAUGCAUGAACACACUGCCAGGGUCACGGGGCCAGGCCAGCCCCUUCCCCACGGCCGGGGGCCACAGGGAGGGGACCUGCUUCUGGUCUUUUAAUACCUGCAGAAUAAAGUUUGUGUCUGUGCA